GUCUGUUAGAUGAUAUCCAAGAGAACAGGACCUAAUUUGUGGUAUUGUACAUGGAAUAUUGCAAUAAUAAUUGCUAAGAUUCAUUUUAAUUAGAAUACCCGAUAGUGUUUUAGCUAGAAUUUAAUGAAGAUGAACGGUCCUUUUCAUAUUGAAUAUUUUAUUAAGUUUUUAGUAAUUUCUUCAGAUGUGUUAUUUCUCUGAAUUAUAAAAUAGACUCUAUAGUUCAAGAUUUCUAAUUUACAUAGACAAAAAGAAGAAAUCGAUAAAAAAGAAGUAGAGUUUAUUUGUAGUUAUGAAAACAUGUUGGUUUAUUUUGAACUUUGUUAGAUUAUACUUCUUUUAACUAAAAUGGCAAAACUAGGUGCAUUUUUUAGUUUAUGUCCAAUUAUAGAUGCCAAAAGUAUAUAUGUCUCAGAAGAUAAUGAAGAAGGGAUUAUUAUUGUAUCAUUAGGUAGAAACAGUGUUAGCAGAUAUCGAGUAUCGGAUCAAAAACAAAUAACAUUUUGGAGAUCAAAGGAAAAAUUCAGUUCGCCAGUUAUAUACCACAAAGAAAAAGCUAAAUAUGUUGCCGUAUUCAAUGGAACUCAUGUGAAGUUUUGGGAUGUGAACGAGGAUAAUUUGGAUAAGUUAAAAAAAUACAAAUUCUCAAAACAAAUACACACAUUGUUGAAGUCAAAUGAUAAUUGCUUCAUACUAUUUCAAAAUGGCUCAAUUCAUAAGCUCGAUCAGGCUGUGGAAGAUAGGAAAUCUUUACUCACAAAUGAAAUAGAAAUAAACCAGAUCGACCAUGUUCUAUGCCAAGAAGUGAAUCAUUUUAUCUAUGUUAGUCUCAUUAGUGGAAAUAUUUUUUAUUGGACUAAAUAUGAAGAAAAUUAUAAAUAUGAGAAGAUUAAACUGGAGAGAGGUGAUUUAAUUGUAAAAGGAUUUACCUAUCAUGUUAUAGGAGAUAUUGUUUAUUUAUUAACUAUAUGGUCUGAUGGCAGCAUAUAUUCUCGACUAUUGGAUGAGUCCAGCUUGGAAGAAGACAACAUGGGAGAACUAUUCACUGUUAUUGAUUGCAUAUCCCCAAAACAUUUUAUUGCAAUGAAAUCUUUGGAUGAGAAUUACAUUGCAUUGUUUGGGGCCAAUAGUAAUGAAGAAGGUGCUGUACUAGCGAUAUACAACGUUCAAUUUAAAGUUACCCAAUCGAGACAAACUUUUAAACUGUUUUCAGCAAAUAGUAAAAUUUGGAAACAUGAAAAUAAUCUAUUUGUUCCUGUUGGACAAAAUUUAGCUGUUAUACCAUUUCAUUUAGAAACUGAACAAUUAGCAGCUCUGGUUGGAAGUCACAAAGAAUCACAAAGUAAUCUCGAUCCUGAUAUUAAGAUAAUACAUGAGUUUGAAGUAGCUUCUUGGGAUAAAAGAGUAUUCAAAACACACCUUCCGGAAAAUUUGAAAAAUACAUUGGAACAGUUUGUGAAGCAAGGGUAUUCUGAACAUGCCAUAUUGGAAGAACUACUACCUGAAGUUUUCAAACAAGAAGAUACGAACUUAUUAUUUCUGAUAAUGCGGAACUUUGUUGAUGUACCAGAAAAAUUCUUAGUCUCUAUUUUAGAUUUUGUUCUAGAUAUUUCCAAAAAAGACAAACUUCUUAAAACUGCAUUAGUCAGACCUUUCAGUGAAGUACUGAUACUUCCAUAUUUACGAUCAAAUAUUUCUACUACUAAAAUUUUGUCCCUGUUGAAAUCUAUUCAAUGUCUAUGGGCGAAUGACAAGCAGUUGCCAGGUUUAAGUUGUGUGGAAACUCACGCAAAAUGUUUGGAAUGGGUUACAGUUUUAAUAGAUUCCAAUUACCAAAAAAUAGUCUUGUCCAAUGAUAAAAUAUUCCUUGAAACGCUCAAUGAAAUAAAUAAGUUAGUGAAGGAUUAUUUAGAUGCUUUAGAAGAUUUGAAAUCACUCGAGCCGUUGUUAAUUAGUUUUAAGAAUAAGAAAAUUACAAAUAGGUGUACGAGUAUCACUAAUUUGAGGUAUACUGUUGAACAAAUAAGUUUAUACUGAUUUUCUCAAUAAACAAUGCCAGAAGUCACAAGUUUA